GGUUAUGUGCGCAACACGUGCACAGAUCAACCCCGGCAGCAGAAAAAGACUCGUGAGCAUGCUCUUCUUGCUUUCACCCUUGAUGUGAAACAACUUAUUGUUGGUGUCAACAAGAUGGAUUCGUCUGAACCACCAUACAGUGAGGAUCGCUAUGAGGAAAUCACGAAUGAAGUAUCCUCAUACAUCAAGAAGAUCGGUUACAAUCCAGCUGCUGUUGCAUUCGUGCCAAUCUCUGGCUGGCAUGGUGAUAACAUGCUGGAAGCAUCCACCAACACUCCAUGGCUCAAGGGAUGGAUAAUAAGAUAAUAAUGUAAUACCAACCGGCAUCAAAUCAUCGAAUGAACACUGUACGCACGUAGCAUUUGACAACUUCGAUCGCUUCGUCGACACCACUUCCGGAAGAGAUACUAUGCAUGACACGGCUAUAACUGUAUGACAUAAAGUGAUGGGAGUAAACAGCAAAAGAUCGAGUAUCUAUCUCCGAUAAAUAAUUCUCCGACAUCUUACGCAAUCGUUAAGGAACCAUUAAUCAUAGCGAACGAAAUAGCUGAAAAGUGUAGCCAACCACAUAUUAUCGCGACAUAUGAUUUAGCAAUAUCAAAAAUGGCUAUGCAGAUUCAAGAAAAAGAGAGGCCUAAUUUUGACAAAGUUUUUGUAAAUUUAGGAGCAUUUCACAUGGACAUUGCUUUCUUCAAAACGAUAGGGAAAUAUAUCGAUUCUAGUGGAUUAGUGGAAAUUCUAGUUCAAGCAGAAGCAGAUCCACCGGCAAAUCAAUGAAUAGCUACUUGGACAGCAAGCAUUUUAAUCGAUGCAAGCGCUUACAUCCACUAACUGCUGCUGCAUUACAAAUACUUCAUUUCGAACAGUAUUUAUCCACAACGAAUGCAUCUCCCGAAGCGUUGGAUGAAUUACUACAAGCUCAAAUACAGAAUGCAUCAAAUCAGGCUGCAUGUGACGUCAGCGAACGAGUUGAACUACCAGAUUUAUUGCAUCGUAUUUCAAAUGGAUAUAAGCAGUACUACAGAGACACUUUAAGUAGUGCAAAAGGAAAAACAGCACAAUUUUAUUAUCAAUAUUCUGAGUUAAUUAAUUUAUUUCUUCGGUUUUCAAGAAGCAUGUGUACUAGCAACUUUGAACUGUAUAUGGACUCGAUAUACAACAUGUGUGACUUAUUUUUUGCUUUUAGCCAGCCUAAUUACGCUAGAUGGGCUGUAUUAUACUUUAGUAAUUUAAUCACGAUGUAUACUGAAAAUUCAGUUUUGGUAGAGGAAUUUCGUCGCGGCGCCUUUGGAAUCAGACGUACGUAUGUACCAAAGCUAAUUUUGCUCGAUCACCUGUGGACUUGACGCUAGAGCAGACUAUCAAUGCUGAUGCUAGCAAUCAGUUGACUGAUAAUCUUGCCGUGGACUCAAUAUCUGCGCGUCAAAGAUGGGCGCUCAAUGACAGCAUGAGAACGAAAAUAUUAUCAGCUGUAAAAGAAAAUGUCGAUUUAAAAAAAAUAUGAUACUUCGCAUUCGUUGCAAAAAAGCGCGAUUAAAAAAGACAGAAAAAGCCUAGGCAGUAUUAUUGAGGCAAUAAAAGAUACAAUGAAUCCAUUUGAUGAAACAAUAGAUAAAAAUAAUUUAUUCAACAUUUCCACGGGUAAAGCAGCAUCUGAAGACGUUGGUGAUUUUUUGUUGAACGUUAAGGCAACUGGUGAACAACAGAAACUAAAUUUUAUCACUGAAUGUUCUACAAUUCCCGGAAGAUUUGAUAAAGCUAUCAAGCGGAACAAAAUCUUGAAUUUCACUUCGGAGUGCACAAGUAGAGUAGUGAUGAAUAAAGAUCAAAACAAGAGGGUGUUAUUAAAAAUGGAACGAGAUAUAUUUGGACGACUGUUGGCAAUUAGUGUAAACAAAAGAAUUAAUUUGGAACACUGCUUAACUUUUCCACUAGCACCACUGCCACCUGCUCUUUUCUCAUGUGCUGGUGAAAUGUUUAAAACUGCUAAAUCAACCUUAGCGAAAGCUUUAAAAUCGGGAACAGAAGUGGUCGAACCGACAAAUAUCAGCGUUGAAAUAAUCGACGGUUUUUACUUUUUGCAUUUAAUCGGAUCUUCUAUGCCACAAACUUUUGAAAAAGUUGCGGAGUCAAUACUCAUUCAACUUUGUUCAACAACUGCUACAGAAAUACAUUUAGUUUUUGACCGUUAUAUAUCACCGUCGAUCAAAGAUUCUGAACGCCACAGUCGCAAAGAAUUCGACACUCCAUAUAAAAUUUCUGGACCUCAACAAACCAGGCCCAAAGAUUUUUUGCGCAGCCUCAAAAACUACUGUUUCAAAACAGCCUUGGUACACUUUUUGGCUGAGUAUUGGGAAAACCAAAAUUUUGUAACGAUCGUCGGAAAUAAAAAGAUUUUUUUGACUGUUGACCACCAGUGUUUCUCUUACGAAGUCCAGCAAAAUUCCAUAAAAAAAAGUGAAGAAGUUGAUUACUUAUGUCAUCAUGAAGAAGCGGAUACGAGGAUGAUUUUUCAUGCAUAUAAAGCGCCACCAGAAUCGAAAAUUUUAAUUAAGGCCUCUGAUACCGAUGUUCUGGUUAUUUUGCUGGGAAAUAUUCACAAAAUUCAGCAUUCUGAAAUUUGGCUAGCCAAUUCAGCGACAAAAAAUAAAAAUAAUCAACAUUUGGAGUGCAUUAAUUGCACUGAAUUAGCGUUGAAGUUGGGAUCCAAGUUAUGCCGGAGUCUUCCAGCUUUCCAUGCAUUUACAGGAUGUGAUUAUACGGCUGCAUUCUACAACAAAGGAAAAGUUAAACCAUAUAAAUUAUUUUCCAAAAACGAAAAGUAUCAGACAGUUUUUUCAUCAUUGACAGAUGAAGCUGAUCUUUUUAUUAACGAAAAAAUGGACACAGUUCAAGAGUUCACAGUUAAUAUGUAUGGUAUAAAAAACUGCAAUAGGGUAAAUGAAGCGAGAUAUCGAAUUUUUGUGAAAAGUUAUUCUUCAAAAGAAGACAGCGAAAAAUUCUUUAAAAAAAUUAAAAGUUUUGACUCAAAUACUAUACCACCGUGCUGGAUAUCACUACAACAAAAAAUUUUAAGAACAAUUUUUGUCAAUUCUAUGUGGCUGCAUGCAACGGAUCCUGAAUGUGUUAAAUUACAGCCUGAAACCUGCGGUUGGUUUGUUGAUGAUUAUCUAAAACCAACAGGAUUCAUUGGGGACCAAACGCCUUUAACAGUACAAGAUAUUGCUGAAAUGACAGAAAAAGAAAAUAGUGACGACGAAUGUUCAGAACUUGAAGAUGCCAGUUUUUCUUCCCAUGAAUCAGAUUUUGAAUAAUGUAAAUUAAUUAAAAAUUUUUUUUAAUCACAACGUUAUUGUAUUUAUAAUAAAUGGCACUGAAUACGUUUCUCGGACCUCUCUUUCACACGUAUUCAGCCGCACGAAUAUUUCGUUUUUUAAAAAUCGACAACCGGGAUUCAGCACCAAUUUUUCGCAGCCAACCUUAUAUCAUUAUACUCGCAAUAAAAUUAUCUUUAUUUUGGUAUAAGGUUUAUCGCGUAAGUGGAUAGGUGCAAAUCACUAUUUUUAAGUUACCUGUAUGUACUUGCCAACCUAAUAAUUGCACCAAGAAAAAGAAGACAACCCAGUGUUUGCAUAUUCUAUAAGCUAUAUACUUUCGAUUAGUCUACAGCUUAUUGCGUAAGAGAGUGGGUGUAAUGUUUAAAAAAAAAUCGUUUUUUAAUUAUUAAUUAAUUACACUUAGCAUCACAAUUUCCAGCCAACCUCUUCGAAAUUAAUAUUUUAAUGUAAUAAAUUUUAUAUAAAAAUUAUUUUCAUCCCGUAAUACGAUGGGUGAUGGUGGUACUAUGGUGGGAUCUCCUACUACACUUUUCAUAAUAAAAU